AUGUCAAACUACUACGGGCAGGGCGGCGCCGCGCCCCCUUACGGCGCCGACGGCGCGCAAAACCUCCAGUUCUACCCGUCAGCCUACACGCCGGGCGUCUCGGGCGCCGCGACGCCGCAGCAGGCCGCCUACGGGUAUCCGGGCGGCAGCAUGAGCGGUGCCGCCGCCGGCUCGCAGAACGGCGGCUUCUCCUCGAGCAGCUUCGGCGGCGCGGGCGGCGUAUCGGGCCGCAUGGGCGAGCACGGCGGACUGCGCACCGGCUGGCUGGCCGCCUUUUCCACCGAGGGCUACGACGGCGAGCCGCCGCUGCUGGAGGAGCUGGGCGUCAACUUUGGCCACAUCCAAUCCAAGACACUGGCGGUACUGAACCCCUUCCGACACAUUGACCAGCACAUCAUGGACGACUCGGACCUAUUCGGCCCCAUGUUCUUCUUCUUGCUCUUCGGCUUCUUCCUCCUCUUCUCCGGCAAGGUCCACUUCGGCUACAUCUACGGCCUCGCCCUCCUCGGCUCGACCUCUCUACACAUGAUCCUCUCCCUCAUGUCCCCCGCCGCCGGCGACGACUCCUCCGCCUUCCACGGCCACCAGUACGGCAGCGAAGCGCCCCCUCCGCCACCCGGCCGCGGCUCGACCGCGCACGGCACCGCCGGCCACGGCGGCGGCCACUUCUCCGCCACGCUGACCUUCCCGCGCUCCGCCUCGGUCCUCGGCUACUGCCUCCUGCCCCUCGUCAUCACCAGCAUGUUCGGCGUCGUCAUGCCCAUGGACACCCCGCUCGGCAUCAUCCUCACCAGCUUCGCCAUCAUGUGGAGCACGUACAGCGCCAGUGGCAUGUUCUGCGCCGUCGGCCGCAUGAAGGGCAUGCGCGCGCUCGUCGCCUACCCGCUCGGCCUGUUCUACGUCGGCUUCGGCAUCAUGGGCAUCUUUAGCAGCCGCGGCAGCGGCUCCCUCGCCAACGCGGCGGCCAAGCUCAACAACUCCUGA